UUUGGCAAUUCAUUGGCCUCUCCUAUUCCCUCUCCCGACCACACCACAACCACUUCCUCUUCUUCUGCCAUUGGAGGAGAGCAAGCUCGCCGCAAGGGGGGGAGAGGGAACCACAAACGACUAUCACUCACACACACAAGAUAGCUGAGAGACCAAGAGAGAGGGAGAAAGAGGGAGGAGAUCGAUCGCGUGGGCCGGGUGAGAGCAGUGCGUCCACUGGGGGAGCGAGGAGCGGCGGCGGAGCCAUGGACAUCGACGCCGGCCGCCAGGUGUACCUGCCCCGCUGCAACGGCGACGUCGACGACGACGGCAGGGAGAAGAGGACAGGAACUGUAUGGACGGCCACCGCGCACAUCAUAACAGCGGUGAUCGGGUCCGGAGUGCUGUCACUGGCAUGGGCCAUGGCGCAACUCGGGUGGGUUGCGGGGCCGCUGUCCCUGGUGCUCUUUGCUGCCGUCACAUUCUACACCUGCGGCCUCCUCGCCGACUGCUACCGCGUCGGCGACCCUGUCUCCGGCAAGCGCAACUACACCUACACUGAGGCCGUCCAGUCCUACCUAGGUGGGUGGCACGUCUGGUUCUGCGGCUUCUGCCAGUACGUCAACAUGUUCGGCACCAGCAUCGGCUACACCAUCACCGCCUCCAUCAGUGCCGCCGCUUUGAAGAAGUCCAACUGCUUCCACUGGCACGGGCACAAGGCGGACUGCGACGUGCUCCUGACCCCCUACAUCAUCGCCUUCGGGGCGGUGCAGGUCAUCUUCUGCCAGGUCCCCAACUUCCACAAGCUCUCCUGGCUCUCCGCCGUCGCCGCUGUCAUGUCCUUCUCCUACGCCACCAUCGCGGUCGGCCUCUCCCUCGCGCAGACCAUCUCAGGACCCACGGGGAAGACGUCCCUGACGGGCACCGAAGUCGGGGUCGACCUCAACUCGUCGCAGAAGGUUUGGUUGACGUUCCAGGCACUCGGCAACGUCGCAUUCGCCUACUCCUACGCCAUCAUCCUCAUCGAAAUCCAGGACACGCUGGCGUCACCUCCGGGAGAGAACAAGACGAUGCGGCAGGCGACGGUAAUGGGGAUCUCCGUGACGACGGCCUUCUACAUGCUCUGCGGCUGCCUGGGCUACUCCGCCUUCGGCAACAACGCCCAGGGCAACAUACUCACCGGCUUCGGCUUCUACGAGCCCUACUGGCUGGUGGACUUCGCCAACGUCUGCAUCAUCGUCCACCUCGUCGGCGGCUUCCAGGUCUUCUGUCAGCCCCUCUUCGCGGCCGUGGAGGGAAAAGCGGCACGGCAGUACCCAAGCCUUGCCCGCAACCGCGCCGUCCUGUUCCGGCUCGUGUCCCGGACCGCUUUUGUGGGGCUGGUCACGCUGCUGGCCUUGCUCAUGCCCUUCUUCAACAGCAUCCUCGGCUUCCUCGGUAGCGUCGCCUUCUGGCCGCUCACCGUCUUUUUCCCCGUCGAGAUGUACAUCCGGCAGCGCCAGAUCCCGCGCUUCACCACCAAGUGGGUCGCCCUGCAGAGCCUCAGCUUCGUCUGCUUCCUCGUCACCCUCGCCGCUUGCGCCGCCUCCAUCCUCGGCGUCCGAGACUCGCUCAAGAUAUACACGCCGUUCAAGACCAAGGUGUAGAUGAAUCGGUCGGUCAAGAAAUAUGAAAUCUGAGUCUGUGUGUGUCCAUGUUUCCUAGACUGUCCCGUAAUGUUUAUCUUACCUUCCCUGUGGUAAGUGGUGCUUCAGGAUUAAAUGGGGAGAACAACUUUAGUGGUAUAUCUGCCUAUACUCUCAUCUCUAGCUGGAAUGAUGCAGCGUUAUCUCACAACAAGUUAUACGCGAUGGACUAAGCUGCGGGUGGAUGGUUGAAAAUGCAAGCUCAGUGCGAGUAUUGUGUA